AUGAGAAAAUUAAAUCUCGGAAAGCUACGUUGUUCCACACAAUCAGCCGCCAAAAACCAGUCUCUGAGUGGCUCAUCAGCAAGAGAUCAGUCACAGACUACGAUUUCCAGUUUUUUCAUCACCAAACAUUGCCCGGUGAACGAUCCUUCCUCCAGUGAAACCGGCAGGACAACAGCUGAUGGAAAUAAGCUCACAAAGGGUGCUAAGGUAUGCUUUCUAGUAAAACAGCUAUUCAUUGGUACACUGACAUUGUGUUUCGAAACUGAUAUCGAUAUUGCAGUAAGAUAAGAAGCUUGUUUACAUCACACUUGGGCUAUCGUAUAAACAACCAUUAGACCCUACCUCACCUUGGCCCUAGCCAAUUCCGAACAACCCCUCCACCACCCCCCCCCCCCCCUUCCCCUCUUUUAAGUCAAUGAGUUGAAGAAGUAAAUUUUGCAUUUUACUUUGAACAUGAGAUUAUGAGAUUAUUCAAGAACCUUUGUAUGCAAGUGAGCACCAAAUACUUGUUGUUCCUGUGUUUUAUCCAUGCCACCAUGAAGCAAUUGUUGUGUCUGCAAGAGGUGGGCUCUGAAAUCCACAAUCCACACACACACAAAAAUGAAGCUUGCGAGGAUUUCAAUUUAUUGUUUCAAUUUAUUGAUAUUUAUUUGUGAUCUUUCAAACUAUUAGAGGUGUGCCAGUAAUAUAUCUCACAAUGAAAACAAGAACAAUCCAAGCACACAUUCAAAAAGGCAAAGGAUAAGUUCAAAUCAGUCCAUAAAGGAAGAUGGAAUAGUUGAAGAUCAUGUCACACUGAACAAUAAGGAAGUACUGAGUAGUUCUACAAUGGCCAAAUUGAACUGCUUUAGAAAAGAUUCAAUCAUGGCUGAUUCGCAAGUUGACAAAAAGCUGAGAAAUCUGCCAGUCACAGAAAUAUAUGGAGACAGAAUUGAGCCAGACAAAGAUCAUAAAAACAAGAGCAAUGGUAGAGCUAUCUAUGACAAGGAUGACGAUGGUUCAGAACCAAUGGAUUUUGAUGAAAGAGUUCAUCAGGAAAACUUAAAUAUCACUAAAUUUGCUUGUACAUCGCGUCCAUCUGGAAGACCAAUUCAGAACAUCAAAAAUGUAGCAGAAAAGAAUGAAACAGAAAGAUAUAAACCUGUCAACUUAAAGACUAAAUCCACAUAUACACCUUUAGAACUUCAGUUUCUUGAAAUUAAAUCCAAGUAUCCUGAUGUAAUUUUACUUGUGGAGUGUGGCUAUAGAUACAGAUUCUUUGGAGAGGAUUCUGAGGUAUAUCAUUAAUGAUAAGCAGGGCAGUUGCUAAGCACUGGCUGCCAGUGGAAUUCACUAGAUGAAAAAGCGGUGAUCACCAGCUAGAUUUUUAGCCAGUGGUCACUUGGUAAAACAUGUUGGGCACUUCUGAGGUUACACACAAUCAUUUGAUAUUGAACGCUAUCUCUGAGAAGCUUUACUUGAAAUUUCAUUCAGUAGCCUAAUUUCAUAGCUACAGCCAUGGAUGAAAAGAAAUCGAUAAAGCUUAGUUUUGUCUAUUUCUAUAUGUAUAUAUUUUUUAUGACACCAUUAACACUGAUAAGCUUUCAUUAACCUAUUUUUUCAGAUUGCUGCUAAGGAACUGAAUAUCACAUGCCAUUGGGAUCAUAAUUUUAAGACAGCAAGUAUUCCUACCCACAGACUUCAUGUUCAUGUCAAAAGGUGAUCAAUUCUAGUAGGAUGUAUUUCAAAAAUAAUUCCUCUUCCUCUAUAUAGGAAGGUAGAUUGUUACUAUACUUGAAUGUUUCUAUGCCACACCCUCACAUACCCACAGUCCAAAGAGCCUAUCAUAUUGGGAUUUACCUGGAAUAGACAAGCAUCCUUCUCAGGAGAAGUUGCCUCACAUUCUUAUUCACCACUUCUUGUUACAGAGUGUCAUAAAAGCUAGAAUAUGAAAGAAAUAAGAAAGUUGUUAUUUGUUUGUUGUGAGAGUAGGACCAAGAGAAUAAAGCUGAGUCCUUCAGAAAGUAUUGAGCCUCAAACAUUUGGAUUUUGUGGUCUGUUGCCCUACUAGUGACCCAUUUAGAUUUCAUUGGUUAGUUGGACCAUUUACUAGGUUUAGGAUAAGCUCACAGGAAGCAGGAACCAAGAACUGGACUUCUGACAAUUGACCCCUUCACCACAUGUGACUUAUAGGCAUUGUACUAUCAUACUGACAACCAAAUAUUUUCAGGUUGGUCAGUAAAGGUCAUAAAGUUGGAGUAGUGAAACAAACAGAGACUGCUGCACUAAAGGCUGCUGGAGAAAAUAAGAGUAAAGUAUUCACAAGAGAAUUGGAGGCAUUGUAUACAAAGACCACCCUGGUUGGGGAGGGUAUCCUUUGUUUGAGAUUGUGCAGGCCUGAAAUAGGAUGAUGGGUGUAGCAUGAGGGGUGAGAAUAAAGGAUGACAGCCCCCCCAUUAACAAUUUGCCAUCCCUUCAGCCCUCAUCACUCUUUUUACAAAACUUUUAAAACAUUCAGUCUUGUCAUCUUGAUAUGCAAUUCUCACCAAACAGUUGCCAUAUUUUUUACUUGAAUUCAAUUUUGUAUUGACCUCAAUGACACUAAGAUAUGAAGACUAUGGAAGAUUUAGAUGAAGCAGAUUCUGUGGAGAUGGGAAGUGGAUAUCUCAUGUGUCUUGUUGAAGAUGAUCCACAGGAUUCUAAAAUAAGCAGUGAUAGAAAGCUGUUUGGAUUGGUGGUAAGUAAAUCUCAUAAUUGUGUGAGAGUUCCUUAGGGUCCUCAGGUCUACCUUAACUUUUAACUAACCCUUGGAAAGUCAACUACUCCCUUAAAAAUUUGUGAGGUCCCUCUUAAGAUACAUUGUAUGACAGAUGCAUUAGGUCCAUUGUAAAAAAAAACCUCAUGGGAGUUCCCUGCUUUAAGGAGCCUAGAGUUCCUCACCAAGAUCCUUAAGGCAAGUCCCUUCAUAAAAGACCCUUGUGUUCCCUGCAGAGAUCUGAGGGCAUCUCUAUAGGAGAUUAUAUCUCAGUCCUAGAAUUCACUGUUUCUCAUUCAGAUAACAAAAUAGAUGUACUUGGGUCUCUCUUGGAUGAAAACUUCCAAAUCCUCACACCCUUAAACUAUGUUAAAUAACCGCAUGGCUCAGUCCUGAUCUCUUGUUUGGUUUUAAAUUUUAUAUUCAGGCAGUUCAACCAUCCACUGGUGAUGUCAUCUAUGAUGACUUUCAAGAUGGGCCAAGCUACAUGGAGCUGGAGGCACAUUUGGAACACAUCUGCCCUGAAGAAUUACUGCUGCCUGAAUCCCUGACCAUCCAAACAGAGAAUUUCAUCAAGGAUUUUGUUACAAGGGUGCAAAGGUUUGUCAUAAACUCUCUCCAUUUAGGGAAUCCCCUCAAAACUAAGAAAGAUACCACCUGUUAAAAGGUCAGAGGAGAAUAUACUACAUGAAAGCUGGGACUAUCCGAGUUCAGUGGCUGAUUUCUACCCAAUAAGAGCAGAAUUCUCCAAUCUGUGAUGCCAACAGAACACUCCAUAAUACACAAAAAUUAAUUUAGAAAUUUUUCAUGGUGGUACCAAAGCUCAAAGAAAGGAUCUCACCAUAGUUAAACCUGGGUUGUAAUACCUUUUCUUUUAUGUCAAUAUUUCUAAAGCAAACAAUUAUUGCAGUAUGUUCUGAAUUCACAAAUAUAAGGAUGCCAAAAAUUAAGUUUCUUUCUCUUUAAAGUUAUGAUGCAAUUUAUGGAAGAUGUAUCUAACAAAUCCCUAUCCUUAUUGUCCAGCAUUCCUUGAUAAGCUUGUAACAUAUUUUGUAAGAACCCCUUUAAAUUUUUGUUUAGAAGUUUGGGUAUCAAUUGAAGCAUUAAGGUUAAUGGUGUUUUUUGUUACUGUUAUGCAGACCAGAGGAUAGUAUAAGACUUGAAAGAAUGCCUGAUCAAUUUUUUGAUCAUUCUACUUCUCUGAAAUGCAUUACUGAAUUUUAUGAGGAACAAAAGCCAGUGAGGAAUGAAGAACUCUGCAAAGUAAACAUUACCCAGGAACUGCAGGAAAACAGUUCAGCAUUGGAAAUAAUCCUCAAGCUUCCCAAAUCAGUUCAGUCUUGCUUUGCUGCACUUGUCAAAUAUCUUAAAGACUUCAGGCUGGAAAAAAUUUUUAGGUUGAUAAGGUAUGUUCAAAUAGUCCGGUAGUAUUUCCUGAGUAAUGCAUGUGACAGAUAUACUUCUUAUAUGUGAGGAUUGAUUGAUUCUCAAUUGGUAUUAAUUGACAAAUGUGUUUUUUUUAAUUCACAGUAACUUUUCAAGAUUUUCUGUACAGAACAAAUUUCUAAAAUUAAAUGGACAAACUCUGAGGAACUUGGAAAUAUUUAAGAAUCAGGUAUUUUGCUUGACCGAUAUUUACACUUGUUUUGAUUGAAUUACUUUUCUUGAUAAGUCAAGAACUCUAAAACUUAAACUAGCUCCAAGAAUUUGCAAGGAUGAAACGUCCUAAAAGGGAAAAUUGAAGUGUUAUUCAAAAUUUAAGUAAAUUUCUUUAGCUUACUAUAAGAUGCAUAAACAUCCUAAUUUUAUCCACAGACAAAUGGUAAUGAAAAGUCGUCACUCUUCUGGAUCAUUAACCACACAACAACUGCAUUUGGGCGAAGGCUUUUAAAGAAAUGGAUUUCACAACCUCUUCGAGAUGUUAGGUGCAGGUUGCUCUUUCUUAUGUGGUUUUUCACCAAUCAUAACUGUGGAUCUGGACUGGUUUAACUUGAAUUUUUCACUGAACGUUUUUGUUUUAAGUCCAUUUUCCAUCCUCAACCGUUUUUUGUUUUUGUCUAUUCUUGCCUCUGGAGUGUUUUUCUUUUUCUCACUUUUAUGUGAAUACAAUUUCUUAAUAACGUGUCAUAUAGAAGGCACAUUUAGCUUAGGUAGUUGUGCCCACUGCGCAACAGACGGAUGUGUUCUGUGAAUGCACCAAGGUGCACGGUUGUAGAAACCCUUUAAAGAGAAUUUUCAUCUCCUUUCUAACAACUCAACAUCUUUUGUGUACAAUUUCAAUCAGUGAGAUCGAGAAGAGGCUUGACGCCGUGACAGAGUUGUGCGGUCCUAGUGCAUCAUGUUUAGCAUCCUUAAAAGGCCUUUUGUCGCAGCUUCCCGACCUAGAGAGAGGAUUAUGCACUAUUUGCCAUAAAAAGGUUUGUUCAGGUUGAGAGUAACGUUGUUUUUCGAGAGGAAGUACAGUGUCGGUAAAAGAAGGGCAUGGGAAGGAGAGAUGUUGGAUGGUCUCGCGCAAGAGGAAAAAACAGAUUCGGAAAAUGUAUGUCCUCGAGUAAGAAAACUGAAUUGCUUAGCUUUUUACUCGCGUAUUUGAGUAUAAUUGCCAUUUACGACGAAAGUUUGCCCUGAAUUUUGUAACAUGAAGUGACAAGAAGAUUUGCUACUUCUCUUGGACGGAAUACUAGUUCAGUGCAAGUUAUUCCUCACCAUUUCGUUAAGUUUCCCUGAAAAUUUGUUUUUUAACCCAUUUACACUACAGGGUGGCGACAAGAAAGAGCAGAUCAGAGCAGAACACUAUAGGCCGGUUAUUUAAACAAAGUUUAACAGUUGUUUCGUAAAAAACGCGCUCUAAACUAUCCUGAGUUUAGCUGAAUCUUUUAUCUGAGCAUUUAUUUUUGUGAACAGUGUCAAGAGGGCCGAAAGCUAACAGUGAAAGGACAUUUGUUAAUGAAAACAACCUUCUUAUAGAGACCUCGUCUAAAUAACGGGUCCUAUACAACCCUGAACAGAGUUCGAACCCAGACUUCUCGGUGGAAAAUCCCUUGUGCUAAAUCACCAGGCCUCCGUGUUUCGAACUCGCAUAACUUGGCCAUAAAUAUUAGCCAUCACAAAACAAUGCUCCCCUUUGGGCUCACAGGUUGCAUAAGUCAUGUGAGAGGUUGCUAUCAGAACUCUACAAAAAUCUGCUCCUAGUUCAGAUUUCAACUGUAGAGCUACCUUUGUGACGCUCAAAAUUCAUACUGAUGAAUGUAAAGCUGCAUUUUAUGAUGGUUUUUUUUUUAUUGCUCACCAUAGUGCACACCAGCAGAGUUUGUCACAAUAACAAAAUCUCUGGUAAGGAUUGCAAAACACCUUCAGUCAAACAAAGAUGUUGCCACGAGCAAACUUGAAUCUUCACUUCUAAGAAACGUUUUCACUGAGGUAUGUACAAUGAAGUGGUGUCGACAUUACGAUGUAAUUAUAUACGUUUUCCACUUACCUUAACGCUUGACCAAGAAAUUAUUUUUCUAAUUUUUUUUUCAGGUGCCGACGUAUUUGGAGGAUGUUGAAGAUUUUCUUCGACUAGUUGAUGAAAAGGCUGCCAAGUAAUUAACAUUCCUUAAAUAAGAGUUUAGCGGUUUGGUUUCCAACGUCCAAACGUCUAUACAGAUGUAGUAGUCCUGAACUGAAUAGACCGUCGACUUCACGGCAGAUACUGUUAGUUAGCGAGCCAGAACACAGGAAUUUCGAAUCGAGGUCUCUUCAGUGGAAGGCCUUCAAUUGUAGCUGCACUGAUUGUAGGGAAGAGAGAGAGUAAACUAAUAAAUUCAUUCGUAGACGGUUUUACGACGUAAAGUUUGGUUUUGCGGUUUUUUAUUGAGUAGUGUUGUCAAAGUUCAUGUGCUAAAACUUUUAAUUCACUCUUUCGAGUUAUCAAUGCGCAACUAAAAAUGUUGAAUCUAAAUCAAAGAUCUAGCUCAUCAGAAUAAAGAGAAAUGGCCGACUGCUAUCUCUGUUCAGCUUACCUGGCCAUCGUUCCAUUUUAUUUUCAGAGACGGUGACAAAACCAAGCUGUUUUGUGAUCUAACGCAGUUCCCUAUGAUAAUGAAAUGUAAUUUGGUGAGUCAGAGACCAUUUUGUUCAAACAAAGCGCACAGUUUUUCAAUUCACCUACUUUUAUAAACUUUCUUCUACGUCCAACAUGAAUUGUUUAAGAGUUUCUUCGUUUAUUAGGAAAUUGAGAAGAUUCUGACCGACCUAAAGAACCAUCGUUCAGAGUUUAGACAGGUGUUACGACAUCCAUCUUUGGAUUACUGCUGUGUUUCAGGAAACGAGGUAUUUUCAAUCCAUUGUUUCGCUUUGCUCAGCUCAGGGUAGUAAACUUGAAUUUUCUGAAGAGAAGAGUGAACAUGUUGAAAAUGAGCACGAAUCGCCAAUCAGCGCUUUAUACAGCCCCGAGUGAACUGAUCACAACGUCAUAGGAACUGAGUUUUAACCAAAGUUUUUGUAUUGUUUAUUUCAGUUCUUAAUCGAAGUAAGGAACACGAAUUUGAAGACUGUGCCUGCCGAUUGGAUAAAAAUAAGCGCGUAAGUCUCCAGAGCUCAUUAAGCCUCUUCUCUUCGUUGUAUCAUUUUAUAAAACGUUGCGUCUAAUUUCCACUGAUCAUUCCACCUUUAAAAAGAGGUGAUGAGUCAUGUUUUCCUUGGGGAACAGUUUAUAAGGUGCCUGAUUGUAGUAUUGCAAAGGAAUAACUGCUUAAUUUUGAAAUAGUUUUUAAAAGAUAAUUCUGCUGCUGAUACUCCUACCUUUGUCUUUAAACCUUCUCAAACUAAGGCUAAAAAGUUCUGACCAGUCUCUCUAUCGAUCAUGAGCGAAAUGUGAAUCAAACGCUGCCUAGUAUUACCAACGUGGUCACUCACGUUUUUCCCGCGCUUUUAAUAGAUGACUUGCUUUUACCGCGAGCUCUCAUUGGCUAUUUGAAUUGGAGCGCUUUUCGAUUCAUAAGACACAACCAAAGUUAACAGCAAUUCGAACACAAGGUCAUAAAACAAGGAGCCAAUGAGCACUCGAAAUAUAAACAGGCAAACUACUUGCAGCGCGGGUAAACGCGAGGGACCGAGUCAUCAUUUGUUUUAGUUUUUUAUCUGAUUAAUUGAGAAGCUGAUACAAGUUUUCAAGACCAGUCGUAGAGCGAAGAAAGGCGAACUAAUAAAAUCUCUAAUCACUAACGAGAGGCCUUAACUUUUUAAAAUUGUAACGAAGUACGCUCUGUGCGGUUUUAAGCACGUUUUAAGUAAAAUUCUCGCUUAUUUGAUAGCGGUUUGUGCAGUGAAUAGCGCUGUGCGAUUUUCGAACUACACAAUUUUCCGAACGGUUUUGUAUUAAGGUAUUGACUUUCUGACGAUAGGUUCGAUAUGAAUCACUUUUGUGUGUGGUUUUUCCAGUACGAAACAGGUGUCAAGAUUCAGGACACCAUUCGUAGAGGACAAGUUCAAACUUCUUUGCCAGUGGCGAGAACAACUGUCAAUCUGCUGUCAGGAGGCGUGGCUAGAAUUUCUCGCGCUCUUCUCAGAAGCGUGCGCAAGAUACCGGCGUGCCGUAUGUCAUAUCGCCACGCUCGACUGCUUGUUCUCCUUGGCAACCGUGGCCAGUCAGCGAGGUUUUACCAGGUAUGGCUUGUUAUCAAAUGGGAAAUAUUUUCUAUUUAAUGUUGAAUGAAUGGUUUUUCUCACGGUGUGAGGUCACUAUCAAUUAAAGGAAAAAUGUGAAACAUUUUUUAAAGCCAUAUCCGAGUUUGCUGUAAGAAUUCAAACCCAAGCCUUAUGUCGUCAUGGUCCUGAGUUUGUCAGCGUGGUGGAAGGGAUUUUAGAUUUGCCAACAUUGCUGACGCUGAAUUUAACAUCUUUUCUGAGAGAAGACAAUUUUUAUAAUGAGAAUUUGUUUUGAAAUUCUCUGCAUUCAGGGUUCUUUACAAAUUGUCCUUGUAAGUAAUAUCUCUAUAGUGAUAAACAGAGUUCUAACAUAUCCGCUUGCGGAUUUGAAUUUUUCUGCUCGUACUGAUUUUACUUCUCACUCGUUCGCCACGUGGACUCGUAAGAGAUAUCGUCAAAAUACCUGACAUUAGAAUUCGAUUUCAAGGAACACUUGUACAAAUUUCCAUUAAAAUGUCAUUCUUAUGCGCACGGUAACUGAAAGAAGGUUUUGCGGCGUAACUUUUGGUAGAAGGCCCUCUCUUGGUUUUGUUACCGUGGGAAAUGUACUCGCUUUGCAUUCUGUGAACUUAUACUCUUUUCUGGCUAGCUCUUGAAAGUAAUUUGUGAAGUACAUUUGGACAUCCGUUAAAGAUUGCGAUUUGAGUAUUUUCCACUCGGCAGUUUCCGAAAUUUUGCGGAAUCGAAAUGUAAUAGGAGGGAACUUUGCGCAAUAUCCCUUGACAAUAAUUGAACUUAAGCGAGUUAAAUUGAUAUAUAUUCUUAGCGAAGCGAUUAGUCGCCUUACCUCUUAGCUUGAUGUACUUUAGAACGAAAUUACAUUUGCUUGAUGCUCUGUUAUCUUCAAAAUGGGUGCUUAAAGUUUACUGCUUCCCGAAAUAAUAGUUGUACGUCAUAUCAGAUACUUAUUUUAAGUGCUCUGCGCAACAGUUUUCUAUUCGGGAGUAUAUUACUUCUCUAGCUUCAUACUCUAUCAAAUCAGUUGAAGGCUAAACAGAACCAACGUUUGCAAGAAUGGUCAUGAACACCUCUGAUUUCGCUGAGGAACCCCAACUACGAACCUGUGUUAUGAACAAAGUUGUCUGGAGCAACAGCUAUGACACAGAAAAGACAAGCUUUGCCAUCAUCGCGAUAAUCCUCAAUGGUCUUAGCAUGCCUGUGAUAAUUCUCAUGAACGCGUUGGUGGUCGCAGCGGUGAAGACAACACCCAGAUUGCGAACAAAUUAUAACUUUUUGUUGGCUUGUUUGGCAGGUACAGAUCUGUUGGUAGGAAUUGUUGUUCAGCCAAGUUUCAUUGCCGUACAAAUUAACGUUCUAAGGGGAAUAUCUUUGGAGCAAUUCUGCCAACACGAAAAAGAGUUUUCUUACUUCGCUAUCAUUCCGAUUCUCUCAUCUUUUUAUCAUCUCACCCUUAUAAGUGUUGAGCGCUUUGUAGCGAUAAAACACCCCUAUCGUUACACCACUGUUUGUACUAAUCGUUGCCUGAUUACGGCAGUCGCCAUCUCGUGGGUCAUGACUUGUUUGCCAACCGUACUUCACUCUCUUGACGAAAGAUUACAACCGAUAGUCAGAGCUUUUCGUGUUUGUUUUUCGAUGUUUAACUUUUUCGUAAUUAUAUUCUGUCAUAUUUCGGUUUACUUUGUGUCGCGUCGACAUGAGUGUCGGAUCAGAUCGGAGCAAGUGUCACUGCAAGCCGCUGCUGACUUUGCCAAGGAGAAGAAAGCUUUGAAGACAACUAGAAUUAUUAUACUGACUUUACUUUUGUGUAUUCUGCCUCCUUCAGUGUAUGGUUUGUUUUUGCGCAUCUUCUCCAACAGCAGUAAUUAUAUUGUGACAGUAGUACAUUUGAGUCAUCCUGUCGUAUCAACUUUUAAUUUACUUAAUUCUGUUUGUAACCCGUUCAUAUACUGCUAUAGAAACAGGACAUUUCGGGGCAAAUGCGUCAGGUUGCUGAAAUUUAGAUGCACAUAUCAAGGCACCAAAGAAUAGUGACUCUACCUACGUUUGUGAUGGAGACAUCUUAAAAUUAUUAAACUUUGUCCAAGUGUUGUUUUUUUUGUCUUUUUUUUUCUGAAGAGUGAAGGUGGUUGCCCUCAGUUGAGACGUUGUGUUCUUUUUGGGGGUUCUUGAAAGUUUAAAGUCCAAGUGAGGGCUGUUUCAAAUUAAUAUUUGAUCACUCUACUGAAGGUAAAAGAUUUAACGCACUUCCCAUAUCAGAAAGGAAUUCAAGGUUGAAAAAAAUUUCCUAUCUUGACACGAAAUAGCCAUAAAGAUAUCUUUGUAACCCGACGCCGGUAAAAUAUGCGUCCCAAUUGGCUGACUUACUCACCAACUAUUGGCUCAUGAAUAAGGUGUAGAAAAUUAAGGGUAUUAGCAAUUACACCUGUGUUUCAAUAAUUGUGCAGAUCUCUGGGAACUAACACUCAGUAAAUUUUUUGCGUCUGCCAGUGACAUCCAUAAUUGAUUUCUCGAAAGGCUUCCGAUUUGGUAAAGAAAUAAGCUGCCCACUUGUAUUUCCGCUUCUCAUUCUUUUCGGAAUGGCAAUUGAAAUAACACUCUAAGUGAAAUACGUCUUCAUGCUUUGUGGAAAGUUACUUUGCAAUGUGCGACCUUUUUUACCUUGCGGUAAUUCAAACACGGUACCGUCAGAAAUGGUACUUGAGAAUACUUUGCAAAAGUCCUAUUAUUUCAAUCAAAAUGAGAUUUACAUUGUGAAGUGCGAUAUGGUUCGUGUCUCUGAUUGGAUGAACGGUUUAUUUUCGCAAUCGUUCACUUCCAAUCUUUAAAAUGUGUCGAUCAGCAAGAAAAAAUCUCAGCAUAUAUGAUUUAGAAACAUCAUAUCUUGGAAAGUGCUUGAACGAUCACUAUUUGCGUGUUGCGAUGCAUCAAACGACGAACGAGUGAGCGCAGCGAACGAGUGAGUUUUUGAUGCAUCUCAACUCGUGAAUAAAGAUCGUUCGUGCGCACUUUGUGGAAUAUUCUCCAUUAAAUGCGUCGUGGGGUGAUACUUUGUUACAGUGAGGUGUUGUUCUGUUUUUGAUUUAUUGUCUGCUUGUCGAAAGUUGAAAAUAUUAGCUACUGAGCUACACUGUAAAUUUAAGAUAAAAUAUAUUCAUUUACAUAUGUAUGGGACAAAGUCUACACUUCACGAAAAAAAUUUGUUCAAAGUAUUAAGCAGUCAUCUGAAGACGCAAGCUUGCAAACGUUUAUUUAAGGCGUUUCCGUAAAUGUAAUCAUACGCUCCGCAGGAAAAAGUUAAAUUUACCGAGAAAUAUUCUAAUGUAAGUGGCAGCAUUGGGCUAUUUAUAUGAGGAAAAAAGUCUUAAUAAGCCGCAAACUUACCGCAGAGGCAGAGGCUCAUCAUGUGCCUUUGUUUAUGCGGUGUUGGUGAAGACAUCACUUAGAUUGCAAACAAAUUAUAACGUUGUUUUGGUUUGCUAGGCAGGUACAGAUCUGUUGGUGGGAAUUGUUGUUCAACCAAGUUUCAUCGUUGCACAAGUUUAUGUUAUAACGGGCAGAUCUUCAAAACGGAAACGUUCUUUCCUUGAUCCUCGUUAUUCCUAUAUUAUCAUCUUUGCAUCACCUAAUCCUCAUAAGUGUAGUGCGCUUUGUAGCGAUAAAACACACCUAUCGUUAUACAACCUUCUUUACUGCACGUAGCUUGACUCAUGGGUCUUGGCAUGUUUGCCAACCUUCAUUUUCUUGUCGAUAGUUUAAAACUUACGAUCAGAGUUUUUCGUGCUUCGUUUACAUUUAUUAACGUGCCUGUGAUGAUUUGCUGUCGUAUUUCGGUUUACUUCGUGUCCCGUCGUUAUGAGAAUCGAAUCCGAUCGGAGCAAGUUUCACCGCAGGCCGCUUCCAACUUUGUAAAGCUUCGAACACAACCAGAAUUAUUAUAACCUUACUUUUGUGUUUAAUACCCGUUUUAGUGUGUGCUAUAUUUGUUGGCAUCUCAUCCAACAGCAGUAAAUAUAUUGUGACUGUAAAACGUUUGAGUCGUCCUGUUGUUGUAACCACUACUUUCAUUAAUUCUAUUUUUAACCUGUUCAAAUACCACCACAGAAAUAGAACAUUACGACAAACAUGCAAAGCGUUGCUGAAAAUGAACCGUGAAUUUAUAACGACGAUUGAUAACUCUUUCUUUUCAUUUAACAUAGACAUUUAUAAGUCUUUUACAUAUAUAUAUAUAUAUUUAUAUAUAUAUAUAAACCCUCUGUUUGAAUAAACCUUUUUGAAACCUCAUUGUGUAGUUUUUGACUACAUAACAGUGUGACUUGCACGGAAAGGUGAGAUGAUAUUUGUAUCCUUCAAGUUUGCUUGAGCAACGCUCGUUUUGAAGGACAACGAAAAACCUCUCUUAUUCGCUAUAUUUGGGAAUAAUUUUUGCUCGUAUCUUGAACGCCCUUCCUGUUUUCUUCCAUUUACCUUUUAGUCGCAUGUCGAAAGUCUCAGUGAUUAAGGAAACCCUUGGGGUAAAUUUCUAUGGGAGAGCUCCCCGCCUCCCCCAUCUCUACGGGCGCCCUAUCAGGCGAGAUUGAGUAAACUUCAGCAAGACUCAACCGACGAGCUGUGAAACAAGCGACAAUAUAGUACUCAUUACAACCUUUUCAGUCUUGAUUUUGUUGUUCCAGGCCUGUCGUAAAAGACUGUGAAGCCCAUAUUUACAUUAAACAAGGACGACAUCCAGUGUUGGAUACGUUUCUCUCAGAGAAUGAACAGUUCGUCCCGAAUGAUACGCAAAUGGAUGUAAGUGAAUUAUAAAUUACCAGGAGGUUUAUAAGCACGGGCAGCAAGUGUGAACACGAACAGAAAAUUAAGUGAAAUAUUUGGCUACGUCUAAAGCACAGCAGAGAUGCAAGCCUAGGUGCGAUUAAAUCGACUUGAAAAACAUGGCAACUGCAGUGAGGUAUCCGCGUGUCUCUGAUUAACAGGGUUCACGUAAUUCUGGUCAUUUGGGGCAUCAUUAGCUUCCUUUCCUUUCAAUUGUCCAACAGGCGAGAGCUCAGUCCUAAACUCUCCCAACUAGAGUUUAAGGGAAAGUGAUGAAAAUAUCUGUUCUGUCUUGGAAUUUGGAGUUUUUCGGGAAGAUUAUGGGUACGUGUUUAGCAGUACAUAGUUUGACUGCCGAUUGUUCUCUUUGUAGGUCAACAGCAAUCGCUGCAUGAUCAUUACAGGACCAAACAUGGGAGGAAAAAGUUCUUACAUAAAACAAGUACGAUUCUACCUUGAAGAAAGCAGUUGUAUUCUACUGUCGUUGUUUUUAAGAAAGGUUAAAUCUAAGUUAAUUCACACUUUACUUCGCAGGUUGCUUUGAUUGUUAUUCUCUCCCAGGUCGGCUCUUUUGUACCGGCCGAAGAAGCACGGGUUGGAGUUUUAGAUGCAAUUUUUACCAGGUAAAAAAUAUUACCAAGCCAAAAUUCAUUUUUACGCUCGUUUGGUUUCUAGUCCUUUGUUACUUUUUGUUUUAUUGCAAUUACGUCAUAUAUUGACAGGAUGGGAGCCACAGAUAACAUUUAUAAGGGACAAAGUACAUUCAUGGUUGAACUUCAGGUAAGUAGAAAAUUUAUUUCAUUUUCAUCUACAGUUAAGUCUGUUUACUCAAGCCGGUAACGAGAUAAUGAAAGAUUUAAAGCGACACCUCAUUAUGUUGUACACACUUUGUGAUUAGUUUAAUUUAGCAUUAAGAUGCACGCUGUAACAGUUCAUUGACCGACUAUUGCUUUCGUUGCAGGAAACGUCUGACAUCAUUGCUCAGGCUACUCCUAAGUCACUUGUCAUUCUGGAUGAGCUAGGCCGCGGUACUAGUACCCAUGACGGCACGGCUAUUGCCUAUGCUACAGCUCACCACUUCAUAAGUAAGGUUAGUGUCACUUAUGGCUGAAGGAAGGCACCACCUCUCAGUGCAAAAUCUGUAAUUCGGCAAUAUACCAUAAUCGUGUAGGACGUUCCCUUCAAUCCUACUAAUUUUUCCCCACAGAUAGCAAGCUUGACUCUGUUUGUAACACACUAUCCGUCUCUUGCGGAGCUGGACGGAUUAUUCCCAAACCAAGUCACCAACAGCCACAUGGCAUUUAUGACAUCAGAAGAGCCAGGCGCCAAACACUGUGCCGAUGGUGGGGAAGGCGAAGACAACAAUGUCAUGUCUCCCGUACCGUCAGUUACGUUUCUGUACCACUUGGUGAAUGGAGCGGCCGCGAGAAGCUACGGGUUAAACGUUGCUCACCUAGCGGGAAUUCCGAAUGAGAUCAUUAACACAGCAGCCGCAAAAUCACGAGAAAUGGAGAAUUUGAUCAUGUCAAGACGGUGGGUACCUUUCAGUUAGAUUAGAAGGGUUGUUGGCAGACUUUACCAAAGCUGCGAAGUUGUUUGUCGUAUGCAAAUAAACCGUGAGUUUUCUGAGGAGCAAACCUGCGAUUAGAAUCGAGAGGUUUCUGAUCGGUUUGUCGUCACUUGAUUUUAUGAUGGAUUUGCUUCGCUCUCAGUUUAUACAAAUUUUAACUCAAGUACAAGCUGCUUUGACUUUUUUUAAAAGUCAUUGCAUUAGUUGACGGUUCAAACAACCGGCUAUUGUCAGGAUAGCUAAGAAAUGCCCCUUGAUGAAUUUCACACGACCCAUUACUUUUCAGUUAAAGUUAUUAAUCGUGAGUAUUUUUUUCUUUUAAGUAUAGCGAUAUUUGAUAUCAUCAGAUUAAUAAUGUUCUUAUCUUUUUUUCCUGACAGAUCCAUCAAAACUAGUUUUCAGGAAAUUUUCUCAAAAUCGCCAACAACGCGCGAAGUGAUCGAGCAGCUGAGGACUGCUUUGGAGAAGAUUUCACCCGAUUUUUAAAGCUAAAUUACAUCAUUGCUUGAUAUUCAUACAAACUUAUUGCGGUUUUUUCUCGUUUAACAUUUAUUUCCUCGUUUUCACGUACAGCCAAACAAUAGGAUAUUUAAAGAAAGAUGUUUUUCAUCUUGUCACAAGCGUUGGACAAAGAAAAAAUUCUGAGUCCCCAUGAGGAAUCGUACCUCAGACCUUCGGAUUCCGCGCUCCGAUGCCCUACCACUGAGCCACAGAGACUCCACUUUGAGCAAGGUUCAUAUGACACGCGUCCAGCAUACUGCUAGGAUCAGAAAUGUAGAUAGCGUUAUGUUUGUAGAUAGAAAUGAGAGAGAUGGUAAAUUCUGAGCUCGGUAAAGAAAUAAAGAAAUUUUUUUUUUCGUCUUGUCACGAGCGUGGGACAAAGAAAAGAUAUUUGUACCCAUUAUCGAGACAUACAGAAUACACCAGACCAAGUUACCACAAAGAGCCGCAUAAAACUCGUAAUCAAAUCAUUUGAUUUAAAACUGAGCACUCCAUGGAAAACGAGAUUUUGUAAUUUUGGUCUGUCCAUCCAUAGUGGCAAGAAUGUCUUUACACAAUGUAGUGCACGUGUAUAUCAGGAAACUUGAUAAAUAUUAUGGUUAGGACUUCGAAGAGGAACUACACAUUGGUAAACAGUGAACAGUUUUUAAACACUUGAAGACAGUGUUCAUUCUCCCCUGUAAGUUGUUAUAGAAUGGCUCGGCUAAAUCAGAUUUACUUCAAAACAGAGUCAAACGUAUUAAAGUUGGCCUAAAAUCUGCGAGAAUAUUCCAAAUUUUUUGAGUUUGGCAGAGGAUGAGACCUCUACAGGUUAUACAAUGUGAUGCGCGCCAAUACAUCGGAACCAGUCGGAGAGGUCUAUCUAUGUAGUGAUUUGCUUUCAUUUUCCCGCCUUUCCAUUGCUUAUUUUCCACAUUAUACAGGGCACGCCCAUGAGCCAUCUUUGAAAAAAUAAAUAAACCAAGUAAUUUGUAUAUUGAUUGAAUUUCACCUGUCAGGUUUUACACGAGCAACCAGGAAGGAUCACCGAGUGAUUGAUUGAAAAGAGCUGAAGAACUUUAGAAUGUGC